CGGCGACCGCUGUGUCGUCAAAGAGAACCGAGAAGAACGGAGAGAAAGAGGUGCGGUGUUGCGUGACUGGGUGCGAGCGAUCGUGGCGCGUGUGUGUUUGUUGUGUUGUUAAGCAUAAACGAGUUUUACAAGAUUCUCCGCGUCCUCCGCCUUUUCGAGUAAUACGCGAACAUAAGCGGAUAAAACUAGGAAAAACGAACCGGGUGCGGAGUAAUCGGGAGAAGCGAGGAAGAGUGAGAGCAAGAGAGAGAGAGAGAAAGAGAGAGAGAAAGUGAGUGAGUGAGUGAAGAGAGCGAGGGUGAUCAGCGGGGAAAACAGCAGUAUCGCCGUUCGAUUGAUAAAGGGAUCAGCUUUGUGACGAACAGAAGCCACACGAUGUCGUCCUAUAUCCAAGUUGCCGAGGACGAGGGUGAGGAGCCGAUCGAGCUGCCGACCGAGGACGAUACCACGCUCCUGCUCACCACCCUAUCCGCCCAGUUUCCCGGUACUUGCGGCCUCAAAUACCGCAACCCGGAGUCCCGUACGAUGCGCGGCGUCCGACUGGUAGAUGGCCGUCUGCAUCCGCCCGAGAAUGGCUGGGGCAAGGCGAUUUACUUCUGCGUAUUCCCUAAAGAGAACAAACGUAAAUCUGAUGACAAUUUGGAAAAUUCCACAGCUAAGACUAAAAGGAUGGAAACGAAGUUGCGUUGCACUGACUUGAUUGUACUUGGUUUACCAUGGAAAACAACCGAACAGAAUUUGCGCGAAUAUUUCGAAACGUUUGGUGAAGUUUUGAUGGCACAGGUAAAAAAAGAUGCAAAAUCCGGUCAAAGCAAAGGAUUUGGCUUUAUUCGAUUCGGAAGUUAUGAGUCGCAAUUGAGAUGCCUUGCUCAACGUCAUAUGAUAGAUGGCAGAUGGUGCGAUGUCAAGGUUCCUAACAGUAAGGAAGGAAUGAUACAGCAAGUUCCCUGCAAGGUUUUCGUCGGCCGCUGCACAGAAGAUCUAACCGCGGACGAUCUACGAGAAUAUUUCUCCAAAUUUGGCGAAGUCACGGACGUUUUCAUCCCGAAACCUUUCCGCGCAUUCUCGUUUGUAACUUUCUUAGAUCCUGAGGUCGCUCAGUCGCUCUGUGGCGAAGAUCAUAUUAUCAAGGGUGUCUCGGUACACGUCUCGAAUGCCGCGCCCAAGUCCGAGGGAAACAAUAAAAAUUUUAAUAAUCAAGUUAACUCGAACAUGAGGGGCGGCAGGGGCGCGCCGGGACCCGUCGAUAAUAACGUCCAGGGCAAUUAUCAGGGUAACCGUUAUAUGGGCCAUUCGGGCAACAAUAUGGGCCCGAAUGGCUGGAAUAAUCCGGGAAAUCGCGGUAAUCUCGACAUGCCGAAUCUACAAGCCCUUGGUAUCACCGGUCAAAACAACGGUGGUGGUGGUGGAGGCGGUAUGUCGAAUCCGCUGGCGAUGGGUGGUCUGAAUCUAUCUGCGUUGCCGGUCAAUCCGGCACUGGUGGCCGCCGCUCUGAACCAGGCGUCCUGGGGUCUGAUCGGUAAUCUGCAGAACCAGGGAAACGACCAGGGUUAUUCGAACCAGCCGGGCCCACCGGGCCAGCCGCCCUCCGGUAACAACAGUAUUGGUAACAGUGGCAAUUCUGGCUUUCUCAGCUGGAUGAACCAAGGCGGCGGCGAUGGUAAUACUGGCAAUCCCGGCACCGGCGGCCCCGGGCCGAAUAACCCGAACGCGUCCCAGGGCGCCUGGCAGAAUCACCCGGGUCAGCGCGACCAGAAGUCGAAUACCUUUCUCAAGUACGAGUAAAUUCAACCGGGGCCGUGGGUCUACUCGUAAAACCAAACGGAUCCUCUAUCCACGGGUCCCGAUGCAACAACCAUAACGAACGGUGGUAAUUGAUGAGGUCGAUGCUUUCCAAAAGCUCGUCGACCUCAGAAAAAGAAAAAGAGUUAGAGCCUAUAGUACGUUAUUGACGUUUUUUCUAAUGUUUUGCACUAAUCGCCACUGCGUGUAUUAUAAUAUUUCGAGAUCUUACCCUCUCUUAUUGGUUUGACAAAUUAGCACAAUUCCGUUCGUUUAGGUUUACGACAAUUGUAGACGGAUAGCUUCGAUCAUUCGAAUAUAUGUACGCGAUUUUUGCGUCAUUCUCUGGUGUGAGCGUUCGAUGAAUAGUGGCAUGAAUAAAAUCAAUACGUAUGAAGUUGAUGUGUGAGCAGCUUAGCUGUACAAUGAUAAGAUUGCACGAUCGAAUACAUUUUAUUGCUUAGCAUAAUAAUUGGUAAACGUGUAAUUUACAUGUACAAAGAUACCUGAUGAGAUCUGAGUCCCAAGAAGACUUCAGCUACUUCAUUUAGCCUGGAUUUACAAUAGGUGUUUUAAGCCUUAAGCCAUAAGAAAUAGAUAAAUCGUAAUCGAUUGUUCUCCUCGCAUUCGAUUGUAAUUGAUCAAUCUUUUACGAUUUCAGGCUUUUAUAGAACAUCUAUUGUAGAUCCAUACUUAUUAAACCCAGUGAAAUGUGUACCAAAAUAGUCUUACUAAAAAAGAAAUAACUGCCACACAUGAAAUCCUUCCGCACAUUCUCAUUUGUCAUUUGCUUAGAUUCCAAGAUCGCCCAGUCGCUCUGCAGCGAAGAUAAUGUGUGUCUCAGUACAUUUUUUAAAUCGCGACAAAGUCCAAGGAAACAGUAAAAAUUUUAAUAAUCAAGUGAACUUGGAUGAGGAGCGAAACGAUCACAUAGGAAAUAAUUAUAGCUACAUACAAUUGCAUCUACAUCGUUUUUCCAUUCUAUUUAAGUAUACAUUUUCUCAACGAGCAAUUAUUAAAUUAUUGAAAAAUCGGAAAUAGCUAAAGUCUUUUUUGUCACAAAUCUCUUUAAUAGAGGGGGCUAAGUAAAUACUUACUUAAUAGUUUGUUGAGAUAUUCUGGCUUUUUCUAUAUAACCACAAUUUUUUAUUUAAUUAUAAAUUUUGUCUCUUUGUCUACAUCAAAAAUUUAAUGUAGGAGGAGACUAGAUUGAUCAUCACUUUAGUUACGAAAACUAAAUUAGUUUGUAACUAAGGCGAUCUAAUGGGUGCAAUGUGGUAAUAGAUGGUAGACCGUGACCCGUGAGACCAAAGCCAAUUAUAUAAUUUGUUGUAACGAAUCGAGAGCCGCGCCGAAUUGCUAGACGGUUUUUUGUAAAAAGCGUAAUGUAAUACAAUGUAUAACUUGCCAUCGCGUUUUCAAGCUGUUUAGAAUAUUCCAUUUUCUUGCGCAUUACUUUUUAACGACAGAUCUCUUAUUUAUUUUAGAAUCAUAAUUUUUCCUUGAUAUAGUCGAGAGAUCUAGAUUUGCGAAUUUUGCUGCUGUGGGAAUAGAUAGUUUCAUUCAAAUCAGGAUACUUUGCUUAAAGCUCCGUAGUCAUUUCUGAUAUUUUUAUCUUCCUUAUAACAUCCUUUAGCAAAAUGUUUGGGAAGCAACUUUAUUUUGUAAUUCUAUAUAAUAUAUUCACCGUUA